GGGAUCCCAUUCCAUCCCCCCUCAACUCCUCAUCCACUCCGACGCCGCCGCCGCAGCUCCAAUUUCCCCAGCGCGCGCUCCCUGCCUCCAGGACCUGCAAGCCAUGGCGGCCGCCGCGAUAAGGGGCCAGAUCAACGUCCUCAUCGCCACCAUGUUCACCACGGGUCUGGUGGACGACGCUUUCUUGCAGCUGCAGAGGAUGCGGGAGCAGGGCAGCGUAACCCCGGCCCACGUCGUUGAGGUCAUGAACCGCUUCCUCAACGACGCCGAGAGGAUCAUCAACGACAUCACCGGCCUGAUGAUCGAGCCAGAGGUGGACUUCGACAAGGUGGACGGCCUCGUGCAGCAGCUGAAGGUGGCCUGCAGCAGUGUUGGUGCUAAGAGAUUGAACCUCUGCUGCGUGCAACACUUCACUCCUGAGGCAAGAAACAAAGACGGGUACCUCGAGGCACUGGGUCGUGUCAGGUUUCAGUUCUACGAUUUACGCAGCAUGUUCAAGAUCAUAAUGGAGCUGGAGCAGCAUCUUGCGGCAUGUGGUCCUAAGUAGGAGUAAGUGAGGGGAAAAGGGCAUAGCCCCAAUCGAUCUCUCGCAUGAUGGGGUGUAUGUAUCACCGAAGAUGUGGGCAGUUUUCAUUGGGGUUGUUUGGCUUUCGAGGGUGUGUUAUGAUAUUAGCAGAUUCUAGUGUUGGGAGUCCAGUCUCGCAGCCCUAUGAAAUAAACUUGUUAUCAUGUGUGUCGAUGUGUCAACUCUAUACAUGUUUCUGUCUGGAUGUUGGUUGGUUGUUGGUGACUGUUGUUGUAAGUUA